UCAGCUGGUCUGGAGGGAACUGCUGCGAACUGUGCUGUGCUGUGGAAUACCACGUGAUUGGCUGGACCAAACUCCUCAUAGCCGUGCGUCUGUGCAUUCUCCUCGUGUCGGUGUGCGUGCGGUUUCACGGUGUGCCAGAUUCCAGGACCAUAUAUUAACAGAACACAAAAUCCCGGGGUGGGUAAAACCCGGACGCUGAUUGCUGAUAACGGAAGGGUGUGCACUGGUGUGAUGCCGGUGUGAUGAUCUCGAUCGAUCAGUGCUACUCAUCGUCCCGAUUCGCUCUACCGUCGACGAAGAAUGGAAUCGUUUCCGAGCUGAGCUGGAGAAAGUCGUGUUUUCUGUGCGUUGGAUUUGGUUAGGAUCCUCCUGAUCCUCACUAGAGUGUGUGCGUUGGAAAGGACUAAUUAAGGACUAAAGAAGAUCAAGAACAAUUUAAAAACACAAUCAAAGGAAAGCGUGUGCGCGUGUGUGCUUUGGGGGAUAAUCGAGAACGAUCAGGAAAGUUGGCAGAACGUGACGGCAGUGACCAUGCACCUCGGACUAGCAGAUACCUCUCUGUUGCUAGUGUUGAUCAUGAUGCGUACGCAGGUGUGCCACUGCCUCCGGUACACCUGUACCGUCGGCUCCGAUGGGUUCUGCAUCUUCCAGGGUGUUCACAUCGAGACGGCCGAACAGGCGCAGGAAGUGCAGCUGGAACCGCCGGCUGCCGCGACGGAUGUGAGCGUACCGGUGACGCGCGUCAAGUUCCGCGAAUCGAGCAUGUUCGCGCUACCGAUCCGGCUGUACGAUGCAUUCCGGCAGCUGCAGGAGCUACGCGUCUGGUGGAUGCAGCUGCACAGUAUCCACAUCGGUGCCCGGUUGCUGACACUCGAUGCGGAGAAGAACCGCAUCAGCAGCAUCACGUCCGAUCCGGAGACGGUGCCGUUGUUGCGUAAGCUCGAGCUGAGCCAGAACCGGCUACGCAACAUUGACAACAUUUCGCACUUUGAGCACCUGGAGGUGCUCGAGCUUGGCCACAACGAUCUCCGGACGCUCGAUCUGUGUGUGCUGCAGCGAAUGCAGCGGCUACGGUUGCUCGAUCUGUCCAGCAACAAUCUGGCGCUGGUGAAGAGUUCGCUCGGGCACGAGAAACUGCCGGCGUUGACAGUAUUAUACCUGAACGAUAACCGGCUAACGUAUCUCGAUCUGGGCAUCCUCCGUGCGAUGCCCGCCCUCGAGAAGCUUCAUCUCGCCAACAAUGCGCUGGUGUACGUGGACAACUACGACAACCUGCCGGCCCUGUUGCCCCGGUUGCGGUCACUGCAGAUUUAUGAGAACGAUUGGCAUUGCGAGGCACUGACGGAUGUGUUGGGGCAGCUGCGUAAGAUGGGCGUGCAGGAGUACAAAGCGUACAGUGCGUUUAAUUGUAAAGAUCGCUCGGUCGAGGGCGUAUGCUGUACCGACAACAAACCGUUCGCACUCGUACGGAAAUCGCACCAGUACAUUAGCAACUAUGCGACGGAGCUGAAUGGGCAUGCGCGCUAUCUGGCCAGGGAGCUACACCGGACGCGCCACGAGUUGCACCGGUUGGUGGCGAGCGAGAACUUUACCCAGACCACUCUGCAGAUGCUCGGCGAUGAGGUGGACGAACUGCGGUCCCAGCUGUCCGAUCUGGUGAUGGAAGGUGGAGCAGCCCCAGCCCCGGGUAACCGAGGGAAAGCGAAUGGCGGACGGAACGGUGUGGCCGGGGAUCAGCCUCAGACGGUCGAGCGGUUAGCGAGCGAACUGGCCAAACUGCGGCGCGACUACCAGAAGCUUACGGGCGAGAACCAAAUGAUGCGGCAACAGGUGCGACAGUACGAGCAGCUGAAGCAAGAGGUCAAUCAGCUCCGGGAAUCGUCGGACGAUACGAAGCUCGAGCUGCAGCUACUCAAGGAGCAAAAUGCGCUGCUGCGGCACGAUCUGCAGAAGCUACAACAACUGUUCAGUCUCGGUGCGAACGUCUGACGACGCACUGAGUAAACUGUGGGUGAUGCUGUUGCUGCCAUCCUGCCACCCCCACUGUCUCCUUCUCCCUCUUUCUCUCGCUUUCAUUGUAUCCCUAUCUCUACUAGCUCUCUCUCUCUCUCUUUUUUUAUUUUUUAUAUAUAUAUUUAUCUCUCACUUCUUCUCGAUCAAACGUAAUCUCGUCCGCGUGGAGCUUCCUCGUUGGUUCCACAAUCUAGUUAAGACCCUCGCAUAUCUCUAGCUCUUUCUUUGUUUUACACCAAGAAAAAGAUAGAGGCGAACAGAGCGAGAGAGGGAGAGACAGGUAGCAAGAGAGAUAGCGGAUAGACAACAUGAAAGGAGAGAGAAAGAGAGAACGAGCAACGAGAACUCUUCUGCGAGGCUGGGAACGCCUAGCGGACUUAUCAGGCUGGGCUUACUAGGCAUUCUCACUCGAUUGGAGACCUCAACUUACUCAAAUUGUAGACCCUUAGUGUCCCCUUUUCCUUUAGCACGGUAUCAUACGGUAUCCUAGGCGGCUGGAAUCCGCCCCCCCCCAUCCCCCUCAAAAACACAGAAGGAUCACCGGGGUACCGUGGUCCAUACCAAAGAAGCGCGAUUACGCUGAACCAGGCAUCAAAUUUAGUUCCUUUGUAAUUGAUGCGUACGUGUGCAUGCGAGUGUGUAUGUGAGGGCACAUUAUGGUGUGCCAUUGAAUGUAUGUAUGAGUGCCGGUUGUGUGAUAGAGAAGAGCGAAGCACCAGCAGCAGCAGCAGCAGCAGCAGCAGCACCACCCAAGAGAUUGAAACGUCACAGAUCCAUUAUGUCACUUUAGCGAUCAGCAGGCAAGCGGCUGAUUCAAUGCGAUGUGAUUGAGCGAUGAUGAUGGUUGCUGGCGCGCUUCACCGCAGGCAGAGGCACAGCCAAGCCAAGAGGUCACUCAUCACCGCCAGUCUAGAGUGAGAUGUUUGUGAAAACAUCUUUCGUUUGCCGCUGUUCCUGCUGCCUGCGCUGUCAUGUCAUUGCUGCUACUGCUGCUGCUGCUGCUACUCCUUCGCUGACGUCACAAUCGAUUGGUUGUGACGUGAUGGACAGUGGGCCAUAAAGCGCCGAAUGUGUAGAGUCAGGUAUAGGCUUAUAGGAGCACCAAACAAUUCACGACAGGAUUCGCGAUCCAUUUAGGCCAUUAAGCUAUUUAUUGUUCCAAGUAGCAUAAGUAGUGUCCACACACUCGCCGGUACACGCAAUUUAUCAUUGACUGAUGAAUGAUGAUUAGCAGUAAUUAACAGAGCUUAACAGAAAGUGAAUGAAAGAGUCUUUAGCACUAAGAGAACUCGCAACGGAAGCUGCUCCUAACCGAUCCUCCAAUGAUAACGGCGCCUGCCAUUACUUAGAAGUAACACUGUGUGUACGUGUUUGUGUUUAGUUGUAGCAUGUA